AUGCCAAUGAAUUGCAAUGCAAUUUAUAGCAAGCUUGAGGCUGUCAAAUUGAACGUGGAGGGUAUAAACGAGAAGAUGGCUCAAGAGUAUCUUGUAGCGCUAUCUAACGUUGCCAUGAAUGACGAUAAUUUUGAUCGCCUUUCCUUUACUAAAACACUCGCCAAGAUUCUUGAAUGCGCACCACAGUCUGAAAUGCUAGACGAAUAUCUGACAUUGAAUUUGUUUGAGGUUCCAAUGAAAGUUAACCUAACUGCUGACCAGGACGUGGAGAUUAUACAGUCACUGGUCACUAUUUUCUUGUAUUUUCUUUCGGGUCCAUUUCACGGGAGAAAAUCAACCUUUAUUUCAAUAAUGGUUUACAUAUUAUCGGGUCACUCUAUCUUGGAACUCGUUUGUCAUAAGCUAGUUGACUCAGAUAUAACAUCUAUUUUACUCAUCAUAGAUUUACUUUCGAAAUUCCUGCUACGUGUUUUUGAGUUGCAAAAUGACGAGCUGCUGAUCAAGUUCAUGGCUAAGUUAAUGAAAGAGAAUACAUUUUCUAAUCUAUGCAAAAUCCCAACCGUUUAUGAGGACGAAUUGACGCGAAAUCAAAGUUGGAAACAUUUUUUGAAGAUUACGAAGCUCGUUUACUCAUAUCUUUCUAACUGCUCGAUUGAUCCCAAUGAUAAGACGCACUCAAAUCUUAUACGUGACGUUCAAAUGGCAGUAAAUCAUUUCAAUGAAGGUUUCAACCGCAAGAAAAAUGAUGAACUACCACAUGUCAACGAAGAGAUUCUAGAUAAUGUUUCAAAAUUGACACUGUUAUCAGCUCUUCAUGUCAUUUCAUUGUUUUCGAAUCCAAGUAUGGUAUUCCGAAAACAGUUUGCUGAGCAUCAAUUAUUCAAUAAGCCGAUCCCUCCAAAUUCUCUAUAUGAACUAGCUAGAGGCAUCGCCUCAGCAAUGGAUCCAGAUAAUCUCUCGCAUAGCAGGCUUAUAAAUAUGCCCAUUCGAUUCAGCGAAGAGCUUUUUGAAGUGCUCUUUCUUUGCUCUAUAGACUUCUGGGAUUCAUUUAAAGCUGAUGCAGAUGACAUACGGGUAUUGCUACAUCACGUGGCUCACCUAUUUGACCACUUUGAUCACUUGGUGGAACUCAAACAAUUUGAAGACGCAAUAGACGGUCUCAGAAACAUGGAUUACACAGCAUUCAGACAUACCGAGUUGGGAAAGAUUAAAAAUGAUAAUCAAGAAUGGUGGAACAAAAAUUGUGAUGAAUUCAACAAAAUUAUGUACGAUGAGACAAUUGGUUUCGUCAAGGAUCAACAUCUAUUAGCACUCUCAAAAGGCACCUGGGUUUUAUCUGUAAAUCCAAUAGGUCCAAACGGAAGUAAUAGAAACUCGCCUUAUUACUUUUUGAUAUUGUCCACCAAUCACAGGGCCAUACUUUAUAAGGAAUUUUCCAAGAGGCCUGACAAGAAACCGAAUAUCGACAAGGAUGGUGCGAGAAUUGAGUUCAGUCAAAUUUCGGAGAUUACUUACCAGCCAAUGACAAAAAACAUCGAGAAGUCAAAUCUGAUUAGCAUUGAAAGCAGGAUACAAGUCAAUCGGAUAGACAUAAAACUUAAAAACAAAGGAUUAUUUUCAUUUUAUGUCAAUACGAUAGAUGACUUAUAUAUUUGGCUGGAUGGCCUUCGAAUGCUGUUUUCAAAUUCGACAAGACUAUCACAUGAUACGGAGCAACAAAUCUUUUGGCUUUCUAGCAUAAGAAAACAAGCUCAAUUUCUUGAGCUUUCAGUCAAACAAAGUGAUCACUUGAAUCAUUAUAACAAGGCCUCUGUGGAAAACGUCAAACCUAGAUCAUCAGAAGAUCUGACCGAGAUAAAUAGCAGGUUCUAUUUCACUUAGACUAAAUGAAAGGUUUAACAUGUUUAUCUUCAGCGCUUGGCACUUUUACCUUUCAGUCUUUUUGAGAGCGACUUUGAAUGUAAGCGGUCGUUUUUCGUCUUCUUGUAGACUCGUUCAGAAAUCUCUUGGGCUUCCUGUGCUUUGCGUUUUUUGCUGUUCAAUCUUUUGCCUUUCUGAUUCUCCGGAUUCAGCCCGCCUGAUUCUUUUUUCUUCUGCUGGGAGGUCAUGAACCAGGUUCGUUUGGGUCUUGACUUGAUUUCCUGCUCGAAGUUGAGCAUGUUUUCACCUUUUUUGAUUUCUUGCUCGGCCUUGAGAAGCUCCUUUUCCUGCUUUUCCUCAUUCAACACAUCUAAUAUGACAGAUUCUUUUUCUUGCAGAAUGCGAUGAAUCUUCUCGACAUCUUCCCAAUUAACACUUCUUCCAAUGGCUUUUCCAGAAUUUUCAGUCUCAACCUGUUUAAUGGCUUCCUUCACGAUAUUCCUGUCCUGAGAGCUUUCGCCAACGAAAGAUAUGGAUAAUCCUUUUCUACCUGCUCUAGCAGUUCUUCCAACCCUAUGUAGAUAGAUUUCGUAUGUCUUUGGCAUGUCAAAGUUUAUGACAAGUUCAAUUUUGGGUAUAUCAAGGCCUCUUGCUGCUAGAUCAGUGCAGAUAAGUAUUGGAACAGUCAAGUUCUUAAAGUCAACAAUGGCUUUUAGUCUUUGCUCCUGCGUUAAUGAACCAUGAAGCUCAGACACCUUAAGACCCAGAAGACCUAGAGAAAUCCGUAACCUAUGUGCCAUCUCUUUCCUUGAAACGAAAACAAUAAUUCUACUAUGUAGACCGUCCAUUUCAGAAAGAAUGUUAAACAGCAAAGCAGGUUUUGAGGUUUCACGUUUUCUAAUCCUCACGAACUCUUGAACCAAUUCAGAAGCGGCGGCUUUUGGUGCUCCUAUCAUGACUCUAACUGGCUUUUUGAGGGAAAGCUGGAUGAGUGAUUUGAUUUUUGAGUUCAUUGUCGCUGAGAAAAGCAUUGUUUGACGAUUCAAAGGGAGAAGGGAAAGAAUUUCAGUAAGUUCCUUCUGGAAUCCUUCUUCCAGCAUUCUAUCGGCUUCAUCAAACACCAAAACUUCCACAGAUUCAACGUUGAAAGAGACCGAAUUUCUGAUGUGGUCAAUCAACCUUCCUGGGGUUGCGAUAACAAUAUCCGGUCUCUUUUUCAAUUCUUGCUCCUGUUGCCUCAAGUUCAAACCACCGACAGCUAAACCAAAUGUCAGUCCAUUGACAAACUGACCAAUUUUCUUACCUACAUCUGCCACCUGAAUAGCUAGUUCUCUCGUGGGAGCCAAGACAAUGACUCUAGUAGAAGGCAUCUUGGAAGGCUUGUAUAGUAAUCUUUCAAUAAUGGGGAUCAUGUAAGCUGCCGUUUUACCGGAUCCAGUGACUGCGCCUGCAACGAUAUCUUUACCCAACAAUGCGAUAGGUAUCGAGGCACUUUGAAUUGCGGAAGGUUUGCUGUACCCCAAUGCUGAUAAUGCUUUCAAAAUUGGUCUCGACAGCUUGAGUGAUUGAAAACUUUCAUGCUUUGAUUGGGGGGAAUUGGCAUUUUCAUCAGAGGCAAAAUAGCUAGCUAUAGCAUCUGGAGAGUCUGCAUCUUCGCUCACUAUCUCAGUGCCGUCUAUAUUAUUCUUGGAACUAGAGUGAAUUUUCAAGUGGGUAUCAGAUCUCCCCUCAGGGCUGUCAAUCGCGUCGGAUCCGUUGUCUUUUCCAGCAGGGGAGUCUGUACCGUCAUCGCUGUCAGUGUCGCUAAGUUCACUGACUACGUUGUCGGGUGCCCCCAUCCCAAAACCAUCAAGGGCCAACUCUUCAUCGGAACUUUGGUUUUCUUCUUGCACCUCUUGCUGUUCGAGGGAAUUGUGUUUUUCAAAUUCCAAGAUGCUGCCGGAAAGUCCUCCUUUUCUUUUUAUUAUGUUAUCGAGAUCUACGUCUUUGUUUGGAGAGCCUUGCUUUUCUUCCAGCUCGAAAUUCCAUCCAUCAAAGGUUUUAUCUUCUUGACCAUUAUUAUGCAAAGCAAAAACAAAGCUAUCAUCAAAGUCUUUCUCAUGAUGGCGAGCACUUUUACGGCUUCUAGUGGUUUUCAGGUUUGAUUUUUCAUUACUAUCCGAGCUGUCUUCACCACCACUCUCAUCUAAGUCUGGA